AUGGAGACCCUCCCGCUCGAGCUCCACGCUUUGAUCGUCGAGUAUGCGUGUACGGACGACGGCGCGACCGCCCGGUCGCUCGCGCUCGUCUCGCGGUACGUCCACGACGUCGCUACCCCCUUCCUCUUCCAGUCCCUCGCCGUCUCCGGUCUGCACCAAAUGACCGAGCUCGUCGUGCGUCUCGAGGCGCUUCCUCCACGCGCACGGCGUAUACGGCAUCUUUUCCUCUCAGACUGGACACACAAGGACGUGAUCAAAAUGCAGAAGCAGUGCGCGCCGACGUCCUUCCUAGAGAUGGAGCGAUACGACGCCGAGCGUGCGUUUGCCGGCCGCAUACUGCAGCACGCCGCCCCGACGCUCGAGACCCUCGCGCUCGUCGUCGCGUGCCCGUACACCGCGCCCCCGCUCGUCGGCCAGCUCUUCGCGCUCCCGCUUCCCCGCCUGCAGGGGCUCGCGAUCGACGGCUUCUAUCCCUUCCCCCACACACGCAGCGUCCUGCCCAGGCUGGAGAGGUUGCACCUGUCGGGAAACCGCAACCCGUAUGGGCUGCUGCAGCUGGGCGCGCUGGAGGCGGCGUGUCCGGAGCUCAGCUAUUUGCGUAUAUCUGGUCUGGACGCGGCGCCGGCGUUCGCGCGCGAGCUGCACAGCGCGCUG